AUGGGCAACCAACUCUCGCUUACGACUCAUACAGCUGCCACAGUGGCUAUUGAUGCGUACAUUUCGGAGCUGAACAAUGUGCAAUAUGAUAGAAAUUUGGGAAAUGCCCGUUUUUUGAAAACUGUAAAAGGUGUUAGCGACAACUCCUUAGCGGUAGUCAAAGUUUUUAUCAAACCAUCACAAGAUAUAGAUCUUAGCAAUUUUUCUAGUGAACUAAUAAGACAACGUGAUAUUCUUUUAAAGAUUGAAAAUGCAUUACCAUAUUCGAGGUUUUUAGAAACUGACCGUGCCGGAUAUUUGGUUAGACAAUAUAUCAAAACUAACCUAUAUGACAGAAUAAGCACACGACCAUUUUUAGAACCUAUUGAAAAACUUUGGAUAGUUUUCCAAAUCCUAGUUUGCCUAGAUAAAUGUCACCAAAAGAACGUUUAUCAUGGUGAUAUCAAAUCCGAAAAUAUACUUGUGACAUCUUGGAAUUGGGCUUAUCUUUCAGACUUUGCACCAUUUAAGCCUGCUUAUAUUCCCGAAGAUGAUCCAUCUCAGUUUUCCUUUUUCUUCGACACAUCCCAACGACGUUCUUGCUAUGUUGCUCCCGAGCGAUUCACCUCUAGUGGAGAGUCAGUCGAAGGAGGUCUUACUUCUGAAAUGGAUAUUUUUAGUUUGGGUUGUGUUAUUGCAGAAUUAUUUCUUGAGGGUUCCCACAUUUUCUCUUUAGCCCAACUUUUUAAGUAUCGUCGAGGAGAAUACACGCCAUCCUUUGCAGGGAUUGAAAAUGAAAAUGUCAAAAAAAUGGUUGCUAGUAUGAUUAGCUUAAAUCCAGAUGAUAGACUAACUGCUUCGGAAUAUCUUCAACAAUGGAAGCACCGCAUAUUUCCCGAUUAUUUUUACACAUUUUUACAUGAAUUUAUGAGUGCAGUAUCGUCAACUACUGUUCAAAAAUUUUCAAUACAGUCUAUUUUAGAUAAUAGAAUGUCAUUUAUAUAUCAGCAUUUUGAAGAAAUAUCUUUAGCAUUUGGAUUUCAACCAGCAAUUGAAAAAAUUAAAUGGGACAGUUCACAGUCAGUUAUUCCUGGUGUAUUGGAACUUCCUGGAACACGGCACUUAGUUAAACAAAAUACAAAUACACUUGAUUUAUCCAAAGAUGAUGGUGCAUUGAUUGUCUUGGCAGUUGUAUUAUCAACGGUUCGAAACGUGUCCAACUCAUCGCUAAGACUUAAAGGCUGUGAUUUAAUUUUAGCACUUGGAGAAAUGAUUAAUGAUGAAGCAAAAUUAGAUCGUUGCCUUCCUUAUCUUCUUUCAUUUUUAGACGACGAAUCAGACAUUGUCCAAGCGACUGCCAUUAGGAAUAUGACUGAACUUCUUGGAAUGGUCACUGUCAUUACACCUUUAAACGGCGAAAUCUUUUUUGAAUACAUUUUUUCUAAACUUGAUUCAAUUUUCCGCAGCAACCCGGGGAAAUCCACAUUUGUCAGAGCAAUGUAUGCGUCUUGCUUUCCUACACUAUCAACAAUAGCAUCUCGCUUUUUGGAAAUGAGCCAGAUUUUGAAAACAUCGGGAAUGCUAGAUUCCUAUGACCCAGAAACUGAGAAUGGGGCACGGUUUGAUAUUAUUCCUUAUGAUGUGAAUCGUCAGAGUAUUGUUGAAAAGUUUGAAGAACAUACCAUUGCCUUACUCUCAGAUAACGAUAGCGCUGUGCGUAAAGCACUUUUGAAGGAAAUCAUACCAUUAUGUCUAUUUUUUGGGAAGCAAAAGACCAAUGAUAUUAUUCUCAGUCAUAUUCUCACAUAUCUUAAUGAUCAAGAUUCAUCUCUAAAGAUUCAAUUUUUUGAUUGCAUUAUUGGUCUGUCGCCUUUCAUUGGGCCUGUUGGCUUAGAAAUGUAUAUAUUGCCAUUAAUGCUACAGGCACUGAGCAAUUCUGAAGAAUUUGUCACAUCAAAAACAUUUGAAACGUAUAAGGCAUUUUCGGAUCUUGGUCUUAUUAAAAAACAGCACGUCUGGGAUCUUCUUAGAGUUGCAGUGAGAUAUACGGUUCAUCCAAAUCCAUGGAUUCGUAACGCAGCAUUUGCUUUUAUUUCUUCAACGACUCGAUGGAUGCCUCAAGCUGAAAUUUACUGUUUGCUAUAUCCAAUCAUUGAACCAUUUCUUGAAAACGAUAUCAUCGAUUUUUCUCAGGCAUCUCUUGGCAGUAAUUUUAAGCCGCCACUGUCCCGUGCAACUUUUAAUGCUGCUAUAUCUUGGGCCACAAAAGCCCAAAAGUCACAUUUUUGGAAAAUUGCUGCAAAAAGCUCUGGUGUGUUUACACCCGAUUCUAUUGCAACUCUUCCGAGAUCAAUUGACGAUGUGAAACAGUCAGCAGAAGAUAAAGAAUGGAUAAUGAAUUUGAAGGAGAUGUCUGUUAGUGACGACGAUUUUUGGAAAAUGGCUGUUCUUCGAGAGCAUCUUUAUAGAUUGGCAGAAGCCUUGACAUUAACUCAGAAGCCAUUAAGUAAUGAUGGCAAUGUGCCAACCGUUGGACCAGUUUCAGUAAAGGCAUUGAAAAUUCCCAUUAAUUCUUAUGAAUUUCCAAACAAUGAUUUUGAUUGGAAUAACAAUAAAACCAACGAUUCGCUUUCCAAUUUUGAAGAUAUACAAACUGCCCUUAGCGAGACAACAAGCAAGUCAAGUGGUCCGAGUCGACGCCCUGCUGAUAUAACUGUUAAUUCAGAUGGUGCUACAGUUGAACUGUCACCAGCUACUAUUGGUACUGUCACUACAGAUGUUUAUGGAACAGUCGAACAGCCUUUUUCUAGUAUUUUACCCAAAAAUGUUGAAGAUUCAGAACCUCGAUAUUUGACAAAGAGAAAAAUUCAACUAAAGAAAGAACAUGAGUUUGACCCCUAUGUUGCAAAACUUUUAGAUUCGGUAAAUGUUACACAUGCUCGUGCAGAACCAUCUGAUUUUGGUCCUCAGGUUAUUCCUGUCACGCACUCUGAGCAACUUCAUAAAAUCAGCUCAACCACUACUCCUCUUCCAAAAUGGGAACCCUCAGGAGUUUUGGCAUCACAAUUCUCUGAACAUCAGUCCGCAGUUAAUAAGAUUGAAGUGUCGCCCGAUCAUUCAUUUUUCCUAUCUUGCUCAGAUGACGGCACAAUUAAGAUUUGGGACUGUUUACGGUUAGAAAAGAAUGUGAUCAAUCGCUCUAUACACACUUAUAAGUGUGGUCCCACAAAAGUCAAGUUCAUCUGUUUUAUGGAAAACUCUUACACAUUUGCGGCUUCUUACACCAACGGUACUGUGGAGUUUAUUCGAAUUGAAGUAACUUUAGCAAAGGGAGCAUCUCAAGUUCGAUUUAAAAAGUUUGUUUCAAUUCGAAAGUUUAGUUUACAACAAGAUGAAUAUGCCACUUUUAUGAAACAUAUUAAAACGGCUGAUGCUUCAAUGUUAGUUAUUGUCACAACUAAAUCACGAGUUAUUGGGUUUGAUGUAGGUACAUUGGAAGAAACCUUGGUUCUCAAGUGUCCCGUUAGUCAUGGAAUACCAAUGUGCUUUGUGGUCGACAAUGAAAAGAAUUGGCUUCUUUUGGGAACAUCUCUGGGGGUUUUGGAUUUAUUUGACUUGGGUUUUAUGAUUCUUGUCAAAACAUGGACAUUUGAAAAUCCAGCACCCAUUCGCAGCCUUCAAAUAGCACCAAAAUCUCAAGGUGUAUCAUUUUUCAUGCUUGGUGGAACCAGUAAACUUGAAGCCAGUGUAUGGAAUCUUGAAAAAAUGACUUGCUUAGAAGUUUAUAGCAUUGCUCCUGUUAUUGAGCAAAGAAAAAGUUAUCGCCCCAUCAGUUUUGAAGAGAGCUUGACUGGAAGAAGUAAGGUUAAAUUUCCCCGUAUGGAGGAUCCUUCUGUCAAGUCGGAAAGUUUGCUUUGUAUGGCUGUUGAAAUUGAGCCUUCUAGAAAAGUUGAUUCUUCUGAUAGAAGGGCUCUUCAUGACAUUAAUAUUUUGGCUGCUGGAACAGACCAUAAAAUCCGGUUUUGGGAUUCUGAAUCUGUUGAUUCUUGUUUUAUUGUGAGUGGGCUAACUUCAGAUUCGGGUACUCCAUCUUUUUUCACUACCUACAAUAAUUCUGCAAUCAAGAUUGUGGGAGAGCGCUUUACCCAUAAAGCUUCUUCAGGUGACAAUAAGUCAUCAUCUGCCUACACACCAAGACCCCCACGGCCUUCUGUAAUAGGUUCUGAACAGCAAGAGCUUUCUAAAAACCACCAAGCAUCUAUUGUUGAUAUUGCUAUUUUAUAUAGACCGUAUCAGAUGAUUGUUACCGCAGAUAGAGCGGGUGUCAUCAAGGUAUUUAUUUAA